ACCAUUGCUCGCUGCACUACACUACAUACUUCCCUUUGUUCUCUCUUCAUACUGCAAGGAACCAAACAUUCAAGGAAUCCGUCCAAUCCAAUCCAAAUCCAUCUUUGUAGCUGCGACGAGUUUCUCUUUGUGCAGACAGAUCCGUCCAUCAUGGCGGCGACGGCAGCAGCCACGGCCUGGCCCUCCACCUCCUUCACCCACCAUGCCGCUCCCUGCAGCCCAACCUGCUGCGCGCUCCGCUCGGGCUUCCUCGGCCGCGCCCUCACCGCCACCUCCCUCCGCCGCCGCCCCGCCGCCUCCGUCUCCGUCUCCGUCCAGGCCGCCUGGGACGGGCCCCUCUCCUCCGCGCGCCUCAUCAUGCAAGGCCGCAACGUCAAGCUGACGGAGAAGCUCAAGGAGCACAUCGAGGAGAAGGUGGGGCGGGCGGUGUCGAACCACAGCCACCUGGUCCGGGAGGUGGACGUGCGCCUGUCGGCCCGCGGCGGGGAGCUGGGCAAGGGGCCCAAGGCGUCCCGCUGCGAGAUCACGCUCUUCACCAAGCGCCACGGCGUCGUCAGGGCGGAGGAGGAGGAGGAGUCCAGCUACGCCAGCAUCGACGUCGCCGCCGCCGUCGUCAAGCGCAAGCUCAGGAAGAUCAAGGAGAAGGAGACGGAUGUCAGGCACCUCAAGGGCUCCAAGGAGUGGCAAACCGCUGCGGCUGCCGCCUUCUCUGAAUCUGAUGUUGACGAAGAGGAGGAUGAAGAUGAGCUUGUUGAGGUCAUCGGCGCCGAGGACGAAGAGACCGUCCUCACCAAGGUGGUGCGCACCAAGGUGUUCGAGAUGGCGCCGCUGACGGUGGACGAGGCGCUGGAGCAGCUGGAGAACGUGGAUCACGACUUCUACGCCUUCAGGAACGAGCAGACCGGUGAGGUGAACAUCCUGUACAAGAGGAAAGAAGGAGGCUUCGGGCUCAUCAUCCCCAAGCAAGACGGCCAUGUCGACAAGGAGACCAUCGUUGACCAGGAGCACUCCUUGGCCGGCUAAUAAAAAUAACAUCUUUCAACGUACAAAGGAAAGACACUUGCACUAGCAGUAGCUGUUGAUCCGGAAAAAAUUUUCAUGAUAUCUGUCUGUUCAGUGUCUACUACCGUUGAUGUUGAUUUCGUCAGACAAAAACAUGCCCCAAAAAGAGUCAGGGGAAUUAACCUUGCAAAUUACUAAACACAUUUUAUUAUCAUGGCCCCCGAUUUGUGUACAACAACUUAACUUAA